GGUUAUAUUUUCGCGCAAGUACUCAGUGGCCAAAGAUGAUGACUUGAAGUAAACUGUGGUAAAUAUCAGAUUCUGAAAAAGUGUAAAUGUUUUUUUGAUUUAUAGCGAAGUGACACGUUUACGACGCAAUCGAGAUACAACUUUUAAAAAUAUUCACUUGAACGAGGGUCUCCACUCUACAUAAACACUCAAGAUUGGAUUCAAGACCGCAUAUACAGCUACAUGUAUAAUUCCGAAUAAACGAUGCAGUGAGAAGUUUCUGGGGAAUAUUUAAAGAACUAACGACAAUUAAAGGUGGGUAUUGAAGGCAUUUGAGAUAUCAAAAGUUUCCUUUUGGCAAGUUGAUUUAACGCAAAUAUGGAAAUUUUUUACAGACUUCAGGUCAAAUAUGGAUCGCACUUCCGGUCCAACGUUGGCUUCACAGCUUUGUUCCAUAAUAUCCCUUGGCAAAAAGAAUAUCCGCUCUCCUCCUCAAACUUUCCCAGUUCAUCUCUGUUUCCUCUGAUUUCGUUUUACAAUACCCUCAAUAGAAUGAACUUCCGUUGUCAGCGCUAAAAUUUUUCCCCUUAUUUGUAUAGCUUCAGUAAUCUUCAAGUUUGUUGUGAAUUUCUCUUUCCUUCAGCAGUCUGUUGCUGUCGAGAUGGGGCUCAUUUUCGAAUUUCUGAAGCACCGCGUCAGCAAAGAAAAAAGAAGAUUCACAGAUGAUGGAUUUGACCUCGAUCUAACUUAUAUUAAACCCAAUAUAGUGGCAAUGGGUUUCCCAUCAGAUAAUUUAGAAGGGGUGUAUAGAAACCACAUUGAAGAGGUUAUAAGAUUUCUAGAAACAAGGCAUAAAGAUCACUAUAAGGUUUACAAUUUAUGUUCUGAAAGACAGUAUGAUCCUGCCAAGUUUAACAACAGAGUUGCCACCUAUCCAUUUGAUGACCACAAUGCACCUCCAUUUGAGCUGAUUAAGCCAUUUUGUGAGGAUGUGGAUCUUUUUCUGAAUGAAAGUGAGCAGAAUGUGGCUUUUAUUCACUGCAAAGCUGGCAAGGGUCGGACAGGAGUUAUGAUAUGUGCAUAUUUGCUUCACAAUGGCCAUUUUUGGAAAACCAAAGAGGCACUGAAGCAUUAUGGAGAAGCAAGAACAAGAAAUAAAAAAGGUGUCACAAUUCCAAGUCAAAGGAGAUACGUCCGGUACUACAAUCAUCUUCUAACACAUAAACUACAAUACGUUCGCACAAUGGUGUUAUUGAAGAAAAUUGAGUUGCUUUCUGAGCAUACAUUCCAAAACUUCACCUUCAAUCCAUUUUACAUCGUUUGGCAACAGAAGGUGAAGCUUUAUCAGUCUAAAGUUACUGAGAGAAAGAAAUCUUCCGAUGGACUUUUGUUUGAGCUGAGCCAACCAAUUCCAAUUUGUGGUGACAUCAAGGUAGAAUUCUUCUAUAAAGAAAUGUUUAAAAAGGAAAGACUUCUCCAGUUUUGGUUUAACACAUUCUUCAUAAGUCAAGCUGCUUGGACAAAGAAAAUCCUUGAAGAUGAGCCAACUCUUCAAACAUUUGAACUUGAUCCUGAACUACGGUAUUUUGACAUUGGAAAGGAAGAUCUUGACAAGGCUCACAAAGAUCCCAGAGAAAGGAUUUUUGGAUCAGAUUUUAAGAUUCGUGUCACAUUUUCAGAAGUCCCAAUGACAUCUGCAUCAACAAGUGCAUCUUUGCCAAGGAAACUUAAUGUAAAACCAAAGCACAAGAAAAGUCGCUCUAUGGAUUCAAUAGAAACUGACGAGAUGCUCAAUCCUGAUUAUGUCGAGGAUGACUUUUCAGACACAGACAAUGAGGAGGAGUGGAAUAAAGAAGAUCACCAAUGGAAUAAAGAAGAUCACCAAUCGAAUAAAGAAGAUGACCAAUCGAAUAAAGAAGAUGACCAAUGCAAUAAAGAAGAUCACCAAUGGAAUAAACAAGAUCACCAAUGGAAUAAAGAAGAUCACCAAUGGAAUAAAGAAGAUCACCAAUCGAAUAAAGAAGACCAUCAAUGUGGUCCUCAGACAACGUAUGUUUAAGAAAGAAAGCUGGUAGUUCUGAGGAAAUUUCAAAGACCAAAAAUUAAAUUUUGGGAAUGGAUAGGCCAGUAUGACUUUUUUUUUUAGCAACAUUAGUUGAGUUUAAUACACAUGUACAAUGUGACAAAUUAGUUUGGAUAGUAAUUUGUAGCAAUUUAAAACUAUGUUUUAUAUGAGUAGAUAGGGUACUUCUUAACCUUUUAAUUCCCAAGAACUAAUUGUUAAUUCUCUUCUCUAGCUGCUACACAAUUUCUUGUAAAUAAGUAACAAGAAUUUGGUGUUAGAUCAAGAGAACAACCUCAAGCUGACAAGUUUGAGUAUUCUCAUAACCUGUUUACCAGAUGUGUGAAUAUUGUAGAAAUAAGUUACAUGUUAAUCACUUGUGGGAGUUGAGGGAUUAAUGAUACAUGUACCUGUAUAUAGCUUAUAACUUUGAAUCUCAUGUGGGAAGGAAUUACACUCUGUUUGUGCUGUACUGAUUGGAUUAAGUACCCUGUUUCUAAAAGGCUGUCUUCUGUCGACACUCUGAGCUAUAACCAUUUGGUGGUCAAUGGAGGGGAAAAAAGUUCAGCAGUGUAAUUUACCAGUUUGGUGACUUGGUUUUGGCAGUCAUGUAGUGACUCUUUUCAUUAUGCAUUCUUAAUCUUCUUGGAAAGUUGAAGAGAGAUAAACUUACAUACAAAUGCAAAUUUCAGUCCUUGCCAAGUUUGGAAAUUGCUCCUAAUGUUUUGUUGAGAGAAUAAAAUGGAAAAAAGUCUCAAGUAAGUGCCUGGUAUCCCUUCAAUCCUUAAACCCUCAAACCCUCAAGAUCUGAUUGUUAAUUCUCACCUCCAGUUGCUACACUUUUUGUUGUAAAUUAGUAAUAAGAAUUUAGUAUGUGAUCCAGAUCAAAAUUCUCAUCACUGUUUGCUAGGUACUGUGUGAAUAUUGUAAGGAGAAGUGAAAUGUUAAUCACUUUUGGGAGUUAAUAGGUUAAGCACCCACCUAUUUUCACCUAAAAGAAAAGAUUUCCUUGGGGUACAAAAAGAAAUGACUGCAAUAACAUGCCUGUCUCAUAACUAUUCAUAUGGUCACCAAAAGGUUUGUUUUUUGCAUUUGUUUUGCUUAUUUUCAUGGAAACUUAGUUUUGCAAAAACAAAAGAAACAAAAAAAAAAAAAAGAUAUAUAAUUUGAUUGCCAUGUUAGAUUUUGUCAUUUUGUUUAUAAAAAGUGUUUUGUAAGGAACUUCAUUUCACCCAAAAAAAAAGGAAUGUAAAAAGCUGAUCCACAUGGAAAAACAAAGGCAGCAAAUUUUUUUGCUUGCAUGUUAUUUUGGAGUAAAGUGCUCUGCAGAGCUGUUUCUGUAAACUGUGGUUGCAAGAAUUGAUUUUCAAAAUUUCUCUCUUUUACUCAGAGGGCAUAACUUGGUCUUAAAAGGCUCAGGAUUCAGAGUCAGUUUCUUAAUGUAGUAAUGAAAAUUUGCAUCAAAAUAUUUAGUAUACUUAGAAAAUUUAUCAUAUUAGAUUUUAGGAUUUUCCAUCAUCUCUUUUAUGUUUUGUCUUGUUUUGUUUUGUUUUGUAAAUGAUUAACAAUCAGGUGGCAUUAAAAUCAGUACCAAUAAAUAGUUUUGUUUUUUUCAUGUAGUGAAUUAAUUGAAUUGGACCAUUUUUUGCAUCUCAGUAAAAGGACAAAAUAUAUAUUUGUUUAUGUGUGAGAUGUUAAAACUGUUUGAGAUCACUUUUCAUACUUGACAUUCUUAGAGUGGUCUCGGACUUAGUGAAGUGAGGUUUGCAUAAAUGUCUAGCAAUUGGACAAUACUUGGGGUCAGGGGCAAUACCCCUGCCAAGAAUGUUGAAAUAAAGGUCUUAAAAAAGUUA